CGCAGACAGACAGAUCAGGAAGUUGAAAUCUGCAGAGACCAGUCUGUGAAAUCCGCCAAACCGAAACCUCUCGCGGCCAGUCGCUUUACUUCGCGGUUUUAAUGAAGAUAUCUUCUUUCCAACUAGCUACGUGACAGACAAAUGGAUGGAUGUCUCAGGAUGUUUCCCACAAGGCUCAUUUCUCAAUUCUUCAAUCGGUGAUGAUGUCAUCCUCCAAUGAUACAGCUGAUUUCAAAGAAAUGUCAUCCUACUGGAACGUAACCACAGAUCCAGAUGACAGAGCUGGCAUUAUGGAGGAGCAGGCUGGCGUUUCGGAGAUGGGAGCCAAGCAGUCGGCGGUUGGCAGCGUUCCCUUGAGUCAUUCGCCCACGCUGAAGAACAUCCAAGAGGCCUAUACGGAUGGCGAGGACCAGAGGGCACGGCAGCUAAUCCGCCUGUCCUGCGAAAAUAGCGGUGGAGUGGCACCAGAUGGGCUGGAGCUCCUGUGUUUGGCAGCUCAGAAUGGAGACCUCGACUCCGUUCGGUUUCUGCUGCAAGAAGCAAGAGUUUCGGUUCCACAGGAGCCCAGUGAAAAAAACCCAGCCGUUCUAGCAGCACAUCAUGGACAUCAAACGGUGGUCAGAGAGCUGCUGGACUCCAUACCACGUCCGUGUGUGCGUAAGGAUCUGCUGAACUGGAUGUUGGCUACGGCGUCUCAGCAGGGUCAUUUAGACGUGGUGAAGCUCCUGGUUCAGACGUAUAAUGCAGACGCAGACGGCUGUGCUGUUCAUUCAGGAGAGUUUGCCAUCAUCACCGGUUUGCCUCUGUAUGCUGCGGCUCAGGGAGGGAAUAAGGAGAUUGCGUGUUUUCUGCUGGACAAUGGAGCCGGUUUCUCCUCGUACACACUGAUGGAUCACGCAGACUUCAGUCGACAGCUGCUCAGAGAGAGACACCUGCAGGACAGAGACACACCUGCGGACGCCAGACUGCAGCAGGCUGUGCAUGUUGACUGGUCUGGACUGAAGCUGUCCUGGUUGGAUCUGGACUGGUUUAUGGACGUGUCGUCUCGCAUCACCGUUCUGGAUCUCUCUCGUAACUGUCUGAGUUCACUGCCGUCUGUGGUGCCGUGGGGUUUGAUUAAUCUGCGCUCGCUCGAUUUGUCCCAGAACCAGCUGAAAGAGCUUCCCACGCCAGCGUCCUCACAGCAGAUCAUCUGCAGCAGGUUACAGCAUGUGAAUGUGUCUGAGAAUGAGCUGGAGUGUCUUCCUCUCGGUCUCCUUCAUCUUAAAGAGUUGCAGAGGAUUUCAGCAGCCAGAAACAAACUCAGCUGCCUCUUCAACAUCCCCGACGGCACGAACUGGAUCGGUCUGCGCAAACUGCAGGGUCUGGACGUGUCCGAGAACAGCCUGACGGAUCUGCCCUCCUCCAUCCUGCACUGCCUGAAGACACUGAACUCCAUCAACAUCAGCAGAAACAAACUGAGCCGCUUUCCUGACCCCUGGGCCUGUCCUCUGAAAAUCUGCAAAGCUUCAAACAACCAGAUAGAGGUUCUUCCGGACACCAUCUCCAUCUUCUGGAGGACUCACCUGCGGGAGGUGGACAUUUCAGAAAACAUCCUAAAGGAGCUGCCUGCGUACAUAUUCGAGCUGGAGGCUCUGGUAUCUCUAAAACUGUGUGGAAACCAGAUCUCCACUCUUCCUGCUCCAAACAAAUGGAAAUGCUCUUGUCUGCGAACACUAGACCUGUCCAGAAACCAGCUGGGGAAGACAGGAGAGGCUACCAAAACCAGGAAACUGGCCUUCUUUACCACAUGGCACAGACGGGACCCAGACCCUGUUUGUCCUGUUCAGUUUCCUGUGCUCCUGCGGGACUCUCUUGAGGUUCUCUAUCUCAAUAACAAUCAGCUGGAAAGUGUCCCGCCAUCGGUCUGUGCUCUCAGAAACCUCUCAGAGCUCUACCUGGCCAGCAAUCCAGGCAUCCAGGAGCUUCCCAUCGAGCUUGGGCAGCUCUCCAACCUCUGGCAGCUGGACAUUGAAGACCUAAACAUCAGCAACAUCCCUGCAGACGUCAGGAAAGACGGUCCUGCUGCAGUUCUGGCGUAUCUGCGAGCGGAGCUGCGUGGUGCUGAGCCCUGUCGGCUGCUGAAGCUGAUGGUUGUUGGUCCUCCGCGCCAGGGCAAGAGUGCUUUACUGGAGGGCCUGCAGACUGGCAAACCCUCGCCCUUCAUCAACACCGACUGCAGCGUACACACCUCCAGCUGGGAACUGGAGCGGCCCGUGGGAGUCCUCAAGACUGCUGUAGAUUCAGUCUCCUUUAAUGUGUGGGACAUCGGUGGUCCGGCCAGCAUGUCGACGGUCAACCAGUGUUUCUUCACUGAUAAAGCUCUGUAUAUGGUGAUCUGGAAUCUGGCUUUAGGAGAAGAAGCCGUGGCAAACCUGCAGUCCUGGCUGCUCAACAUCGAGGCUCGUGCUCCUAACUCUGCAGUGAUUGUGGUGGGCACUCAUCUGGACCUCAUUGACACUAAGUUCCGCACGGAGCGAGUGGCCACACUGAGGGCCUACAUUCUGGCCCUUUGCAGAACGCCAUCGGGCGCCAGAUGCAGCGGAUACCCGGACAUCACCUGGAAACACCUGCACGAGGUGUCCUGCAAGACCCUAGAAGGCCUGGAUGGACUAAAGAGGCUGCUGUUUCAGGUCUCCUGCUCCAUGAAGGACAUCAGCAACCCUGCUAGCUGCCAUAAACUAGUAGGAAGACUGAUUCCCAAAAGUUACCUGAUCCUGCAGGAGGCCAUAAAGGCUGAGCGAGUGAGGAGAGACGAGGCUGAUGAGGUUCAGUAUCUGACUGACUCUGAACUGGAGCAGAUCAUUGAGCAGAGUCCUGCCAGCGAUAUCAAAGACUAUGAGGAUCUGCAGACUGCAAUCAGCUUCCUUAUGGAGACGGGCAGCGUCCUGCACUUUUCGGACACCAGUCACGGCCUGUGUAAGCUGUAUUUUCUGGACGCCGUGUGGCUCUCAGAGUGUCUGGAGCGCAUCAUUAACCUGCGCGGCUCUCGCUCAGUGGCACGAAACGGUGUGAUCAAGGCUGAGGACCUGCGAAUGCUGUUGGUGGGCACCGGCUUCACCCCGCAGACCGAGGAGCAGUACUUCCAGUUCCUGGCCAAAUUCGAGAUUGCUCUGCCCGUCGCCAGCAGCAGCUAUCUGCUGCCACACCUUUUACCCCCUAAACCUGCGCUGGACAUUCACGGCUUCCGGCAGCAGAGCAACAAUAGCAUCCAGCGGCACUUCAAGAUGAGCUUCGUUCCUGCGGGAUUCUGGGAGCGCUUUAUAGCCCGGAUGCUCAUCAGUUUAAACCAGAUGGACCUGCAGGCGUUCGAGACCAAGAAGAACACCAAGAACCACAGGAACCGCAGUACGGUGAUCUACAGUUUUGCAGGGAACCAGCAGCGCAAUCGGUGCAGUACCUUUCGUGUGCGCCGCAGUCAAACCAUCUACUGGAAAGAAGGAUUGCUGGUCACGUUUGAUGGCGGAUAUCUCAGCGUGGAGUCGUCUGACCUGAACUGGAAGAAGAAGAAGAGCGGAGGCAUCAAGAUCAUCUGCCAAUCGGAGACCAGGGAUUUCUCUGCCAUGGCUUUCAUCACAGAUCAUGUUAACGCUCUUAUAGAGCAGUGGUUUCCUGCGCUGACGGGCAGUGAAAGCGACGGGUCUCGUCUGAUUGAACAGUUCGCUCCCUGUCCGUUCUGCAGCUCGGUGUCCAGACUUCCUGACCCGCUGCCUCAGUCCAGCCUCAGCCAAUCCGUCGUCCACUACUUCAACAUGGAGGACUGCGUUCUGGCAGCAGUGGACAAAGAGCACAUCACCUGCCCAAACCAUCCUAAGCAACCCGUCCCACUGCAGGAGCUGGUGCCCGAGCUCUUCAUGACAGACUUCCCCUCACGGUUGUUUCUGCUGAAGAGUGACCUUGAGUGGACUGAAGAUGAAGCUGAUAUCCUUGGUCAGGGCGGCAGUGGCACCAUCAUCUACAGAGCUAAAUACAGAGGCCAUCCGGUGGCCAUUAAACGCUUCCACUUCAAGAAAUGCAAGCAGCAGUCACUCAACAGCAGCACAGACACCAUGAUCAAGCAUCUGCAGUCCAUGGACGCCUCCAGGAGCUUCUCAGAGUUUCGUCAGGAGUCCAGCAUGCUCCACUCUCUGCAGCACCCCUGCAUAGUGGCUCUGGUGGGCAUCAGCAUCCACCCACUCUGCUUCGCCCUGCAGCUGGCACCGCUAGGCAGCCUCAACACUGUACUGGAGGAGAGAGCCAAAGGGCCAAAAACCAAACUUGAUCGAGGGUGGUGGGCCAAAGCUAAAUAUACCAAACUGUAUAUCAUUGAAGUUGCCAUGACUCCUGAUCAUCAUUACACUAGAUUGCUUUUAAAUGAGGGUUGUGGUGUGUUUCAGGUGGAUAUGUUCUCGUAUGGGAUGGUUCUUUAUGAGCUGUUGUCCGGACGCAGACCAUGUAUGGGUCAACACCAGCUGCAGAUCGCUAAAAAACUCUCUAAAGGAGUCCGGCCCAUGCUGGGAGCCCCAGAGGAGGUGCAGUUUCACUGUCUGCAGGCGCUGAUGCUGGAGUGCUGGGACACCAAACCAGAGAAGCGUCCUCUUGCAGCUCCUCUGAUGCGGCAGAUGCAGGAGCCCAGUUUUGCCUGUCUGCGGUACCUGCUGUCCUGUCAGGAUCACAGCCAGCUCUUCCUGUCCUCCCUGCAGGGCCACAGCGCCAUCUUCUGGGAUGGAGACCAAGACCAACGGAACUACUCGGUGGUGAACUUGGCCAAGGGGCAGGUGGAGGUGAAGCGGAUGCCGUGUCCAGGAACCCGUCUGAGCUGUCAAAUGAAGAUGGAGAACACACUCUGGACGGCCACUGAGGAACAGGAGGUGUUGAUCUACAGUCUGAAAGAGAUGUGUCCUCUCAAUCAGCCACAGAAACUGCUCUCCUGCCCGGCUGUUGUCACCUGUCUGUUUCUGCUGCCCGCCGGGAAAGAGUCUCUCCCGCAGGUGUUUGCAGGCAUGUCUGACGGUCUGAUGGCCGUUUACUCUUUAGUGGACGACAUGCCGGAGGAGAACGAGAGGUACGUCUGCUCGCACUCCAUCAACAAACACCUGCUGAACAUGACGGAUUCAGACCCUCGGCAGCGGCCUUACGCAGUCCGCUGCAUCGUCGCGGUGCGUAGCGGAUCCGAAAUCUGGUACUCCAACGGGCCGGGAGUAAUCAUCAUCGACAGUUUCACGCUUCAACCCGUUCACCGGCUGGACCCGUACCUCCCGCCAGCCUGCCUGGUGUCAAUGGCUUCAUCUCUCAGCUGCUGGAACGAAGAGGCCGUGUGGUGUUUAGAUAAUCACACUAACACCCUGCUAAUGUAUCACGCUGCUAGCUAUCAAGUGUGCGCUAGCUACAAUUGUAGUGAUGCUAACCCGCUACGUGACGUUUUCCCAGUGCAGAGGCCGAGUGGGAUUGUGUCGCCUGAUGAAUCUGAAAUUGCAAAUUCUCGAAAACAGAGUUUGGAUUCAGUGAGGGUUACAGUGACGCACAGCGAGGACGCAGGAACGCAGAUUUUAUGCCAGCAGGACUCUUUGGAUUAUUGCUCCGUGUCUUCGGGAUUCAGUUCAGAGAUGUUGGAUCAGAUCGGGGAUCUGGAGCAGGCCGGAUCGGCGAAUGCUAAUAUGGAGCGCUCGAACUCUGCAGGACUGAGCUCUCUGACCAGCUCCAGCAGUUUGCCUUUAUCUGCAGAUUUUGAGGAGGUGGAGGACGGGAAGCUUUCUCCUGAUGUUCUGUUGUCCAGGAGUGGGACGGAUCCAGAGCUGGAGGAUCACAGCUAUACACCGCUGCAUCUCAAGGCCCUCAAUAUCAUUCCUGUCAACAGCACCAUCUGGGUGCCCAGGCGUGGAGGAGACAUCAUGGUUCUGGAGGUUCAGGAUCAGGCUGGUUCUCUACGGGGUCGAGUGAUCGGUGUGUUGACGGUGCCUGGAGUGCAGGAGUUUGGGACUCUGGCGGAGGCGGCGCUCGUGGCUAAAGACACCGUUGUGUGCGGCUUCCGCAAGGAAAACAUGGCCUGGUGCCUGGCAGUCUGGAGGAGCUGGGGAGCCCGAGAGCUGGAGCUCUUCUACAGGGGGUACGAGGAGCUGGGACGCCUGGAGAGCAGCCUGAGGAAGAGGAGGUAGAGGAGGAUUGAUGGACAAUAAUAACACUGUAACACACAUUCACAUGAACACACAUGCACAUACAAAGUGUACUGUAAACUCAAAUACAUAUGCACAUACUUGCACAUAAACACACACACACAGAUACAUACAAUACACACAUACACAUGCACACACAUGUUGUAAACUCACAUAAACAUGAACAUACAUGCACACACACACACCGUACUGUAAACUCAAAUACUUAUGAACACACAUGCACGUUAACGCACACACUUAUAGCAUACACACGCUCGCAUGUAUAUACAUACAUAGAUACAGAAAUCACACAUACACACACAGAGACGUACACAAACAUACAAUAUACACACGUUAACAUGGGCAAACUCUUGCAGACACACACACACACACACACACACAAACAAACAAUAUACACAAACAU